GCCGGGGCUCCGCCCCCUCGGCUGCCGCCAUCUUGUUGUUGAUUCGAACGGCAGGGAGCGGGCGGCGCGGAGCGGAGCAGUGGCGCUCGGGGCUCGGUGGCGCCAGCCCCCGGCUGGGCAGGCAGGGCCGGCCCCGGAGCAGCCUGCAGGAAGGAACUCGGCAAACCACGCUGGUAACAUGAAACCAACAUGGCUGACUUGCUUCUGGUGUCCUGCUCCCUCUUGAUUGCGAGAGGUUGGCUCCAUAUUCCAGUGCCUGCUCAGCAGAGAGAGCUUGGGUGACAUCUCUAAGAUCAUCGUAAGGAAGCAGAUUGCCAGGAUUUCCCCCCUGUGGCUGCCUGACCACUGCUGAGCUACCCUUCCCAGCCCAUGUGGCUCUCCCCAUGCUUCAAGAGUGCAACUGGUGCCCAACGCAAUGUGUGUUUGUCAAACCAUGGAAGUGGGCAAGUAUGGCAAGAAUGCCACUCGAUCCGGAGACCGGGGGGUCCUGCUGGAGCCUUUCAUUCACCAGGUGGGCGGCCACAGCAGCAUGAUGCGCUACGAUGACCAUACUGUCUGCAAGCCCCUCAUUACCAGAGAGCAGCGCUUCUAUGAAUCUCUGCCCCCGGAAAUGAAGGAGUUCACACCUGAGUAUAAAGGUGUGGUAUCUGUCUGUUUUGAGGGAGACAGCGACGGCUACAUUAACCUGGUGGCCUAUCCCUAUGUGGAGAACGAGGCUCUGGAGCAGGAUGAUAUGCCAGAGAGGGACCAGCCACGACGCAAGCACUCGCGUCGGAGCCUUCACAGAUCAAGCAGCGGCACUGAGCACAAGGACGAAAAACCUGGCCUGCCCAGUGACAGUACUGAAAGCAGCAUCCAGGAAACGAAGAGUCCCAGGGUGGACUUGCACAUCCAUUCAGAUGUUCCAUUUCAGAUGUUGGAUGGGAACAGUGGUCUGAGCUCUGAAAAGAUCAGCUAUAACCCCUGGAGCCUGCGCUGUCAUAAGCAGCAGCUGAGCCGCAUGCGGUCAGAGUCCAAGGACCGAAAACUCUACAAGUUCCUUUUGCUGGAGAAUGUGGUGCAUCACUUCAAGCUUCCCUGCGUACUUGAUCUGAAGAUGGGGACCAGACAGCACGGAGAUGAUGCAUCUGAGGAGAAGGCUGCUCGGCAGAUGAAGAAAUGUGAACAGAGCACUUCUGCCACCUUGGGUGUGCGCGUGUGUGGGAUGCAGGUCUAUCAGCUGGACACAGGGCAUUACUUAUGCAGGAAUAAAUACUAUGGACGUGGUCUUUCCAUCGAGGGCUUCCGCAAUGCCCUCUACCAGUAUCUCCACAACGGCAUCGAGCUGCGCAAGGACCUCUUUGAGCCUGUCCUCGCCAAACUACGAAGCCUGAAGGCGGUUUUGGAGAGGCAGGCCUCCUACCGCUUCUACUCCAGCUCCCUUCUCAUCAUUUAUGAUGGGAAGGACAGCAGGGCAGGGAUGUUUGUGGAGCGCCGGCCGGAGAUGCGCCUGAAGCGGGUGGACAGCGCUCUCCCGGAGAGCCUUCAGGAUGGUGGCACUACAGAGCCCAGCUCCUCGGCCCAGCCCAAGGUGGACGUGCGUAUGAUUGACUUCGCGCAUAGCACGUUCAAAGGCUUUCGUGAUGACCCCACUGUGCAUGACGGACCCGACAUGGGUUAUGUAUUUGGGCUGGAAAGCCUCAUCAACAUCAUGGAACAGAUGCGUGAGGAAAACCAGUAGCCCUAGGCUGCAGCCUCUUCUUCUUGUCCUGGUGGCAGGAGCAGACAAGACCACCUACUACCACAGGAAAAAAGCAGACAAUUUUGGUUUUAAACAAUUGUAUUGCUCCAUUGUUUUUAAAUGUACUUGGAUAGAAGAGCUGAGGGGAGGCAGGAUGGAAGAGCUCCUCAUGCUGACCAGAUGGUUCUGACCGCACUAGCUCUGCCUUCUGGAGGAGUCUCUGUAGAUGCCUGCUGGGCGUUGGGUGUCCUGGUUCUUCGCUUGUCGCGUGUGCGUGCUGGAGGGAGGACCUGGACGUAGGGAAGAGAAAGCAGGAGAGCCCAGGGGUCUUUGGGGAGCUGGAGCUGUGGCGUGAGGAGCCUCCUGCCUCGGGAGCCCCCGGGAAAGCCUUCCCUUUGAAAUUCUCCCGAGGUGUUUGGAAAGGGCACUUGUCUAACAGUCAGCAGCGUCUGUGGGGCUGACGGUGAGCAGCGCACAGGUGCUGGUCCGUGCGUUCGGUGGCGCUAGCUCUACCCUGGGUUUUGCUGACAGGGGCUUUGCUUUUGAUGCUGCCUUUUUCUGCUGUUUGGGCACUGUGAAUAACCAACCCAAACACAGAAAUAAAAUGACCAAGUGCAACCCCUGGCAGAGCUGCGGCCGGGAGGGAAUGCCGCGCACCUGGAGCUGUGCUCGAGCCCGGGGCCUGCUCCCUCCCCAACGGGGCGGCGCGGGCAGGCCUGCGUGCAGGCAGACAUGGGGCUCUGCGAGAGUAACUGCCCUGGACCACUGACCAAGCACGAACUCAGCUCGUGGGCUAGCAAUAGUAUCUGUAGCAGUUAACGCGACCCCAGCCGUGCAGUGGGGCCUUUCGGACCAUUUCAAUCCUUCCCCUUGUGUAAUGUUCGUCCCACAGGUUGUAUGUGAGUGUGUCCCUCCUGCCGUCAGGCCCCGGGGGGUUGCAGUGGGGGGCUGCCCUCCCCCCUGUGGGGCCUCUGCUCUGCAGCUCCUGCUCUUCCGGCAGGUCUGUGCAUGGGGAUGGUGGAAGGGAAGGCCAAGGGUUGGGGCUGACUCCCCUUCUCCUCCCUGAGGGUCUCCAGGAGGGCAGGUGAGGGGGGACCUGGCUGAGUGGUGAGUGUCAUCACCUGACCGUUUCGUUUUGCUUCACGGAGUCAGUCUUUCCCAAAAUAAAUGAUCUCUCUGUGGAUGAAACAGCCAGCUGCCAUGCACUCUGCUGCCUGGGCUCCCUCCUGAGCUGGCGCUUUACUCGUGGCUUCCCACGAUGAGGGCAUUAACGUUUGAUACUGUGGCCUGGUGGUACCGACCCCUACCCCGCUCUGCAUCACCCUGUCUGUGUUUCUGUGCUGGGACCCCCUGUUGCUCCCUCCCUGGUGUCACUGACUUGUUCCAUGGCAUCACUGUUACCCUCACUGGCUGAGAAACUGCCUGGUACCUGCAAGGCCAGGGUUGGGUUGUGGUGUUUGGGGGUUUUUUUGGUGGGUGUUUUUUGUUGUUGUUGGGGGGGGUGGUGGUGUUUGGGGGUUUUUUUACUGCAGGAAAGCUUGUUUGGGGAAUACUCACCCUGCAUGUAGCAUGUGUGCACAGUCUGCUUGGAAAGCGUUGGUGCUCAGCUGGCGGCCAGCUGUAGCUGCCGCAGGUCUGCGGCACUGUGUGUGGAAGGGGGCAGGGGAAGAGCCAGCUCUGUCCUACGUUGUACCUCUCUGCCUGUCUCCCACCUCCUCAAAAGCUUGCCGAAGCCCCCGCUCCCCUCCAGCUCUCUGGCCGAGGACCUUCAGCCCCCUCUCCCCGCGCUGGGUUACUCUCCCAGGUGGGGCUCACGGGAUUUUCAGGGAACAGGUUUGCAGGAGGGAGCGAGGCUGGUUGAGGUACCUACAACAGCCCCAUUCUCUGGCCGUGCCCCAUCGCAGCCCACCUUGUGCAUGUCCUUGUCCCCGGCGGGCUGCGCUCGGGCAGGCACAGGGUGCGGGGCCCUUCUUCCUGGGGAGCACCUCCGCGUCCCCCCAGCGCUGCCCCCUGCCAGGGACGGGGUGCGCUGCCUGUGCUCCCCUUCCCUUCGGACCACCGCGGUGGGACUCCACAGCUUGUACAUAGCCUUGGUCCGCCCCCCCCCCCCCCCCUUGUUUUUACAUGAAUAAUCACCCUGUUUGUGCUUCACAGAGAACCAAAAACCAUUAAAGGAUCUGUUUUUGUC